AUGACCAAACCAAACUUAUUUCCAAAAUCCAUUAAAUCCAUUUACAGUUAUAGUAAUAAAAGAUUUUAUCACUUGUCAAAUAAUGAAGAAAUCGAUAAAAAUAAAUUUGAAAAUAUUUAUGAUAUUGUUAUUGUUGGAGGUGGAAUAGUUGGUAAUGCCUUAGCUUGUGCUUUAGCAACUAAAUCACAUAGAAUUGCGCAUAUUGAAUCUAAUGAAUUAUCAUCAUCCGUUAUAAAAUCAUGGAAUGCACAAGAUAAUUUGUUUUCAAAUCGUGUCAGUUCCUUAACACCAAAAUCUGUCAAGUUUUUUAAAGAUAUUGGUGUAUGGGAUCAUGUUGAUAAGAAGAGGAUCAAAGGAUUUAAAGAAAUGCAAGUAUGGGAUGGUAUUUCUGGUGCAAGAAUUAAAUUUGAUUCUAAUAAAAGGGAUGGAAUUAGAAGUAUUAUUGAUAGUUUCAUUAGUAGUGGAAAAAAUUAUAACAUACAAAAUGCUAUACUCACUAGACUUGAUCAAUGCAAAUCAGGCAAUUUCAAAUUAUUUGAAAAAACUAAAGUAGAAGAUAUUUAUUUUGAUAAUGAUAAAGAUAAUAACGAAUACGCUCCCUAUGAUUUACAUGAUUGGCCAAAUAUUAAAUUAAAUGAUGGUAAAAUAUUGAAGGCUAGAUUAUUGGUUGGAGCUGAUGGAAUAAAUUCUAUUGUACGCUCUUUUGCUAAUAUAGAAUCAAUAGGAUGGGAUUAUAAUUCAAACGCUGUUGUUGCUACUUUACAUAUAGAUUCUCAAGUGGACAAUUCUACUGCAUGGCAAAGAUUUCUACCUACAGGACCAAUCGCAAUGUUACCAAUUAAAAAAGGAUUUUCUUCUAUGGUUUGGUCAACAACACCAUCACUUGCAAGUAAAUUUUGUUCAUUGCCAUCUAGUGAUUUGGUACAUUUGAUAAAUUCGGCAUUUCGAUUACGAGUUGCAGAUUUAGAUUAUUUUUAUUCACAAAUUAAAAAGGAUGAUGAUGUAAAAAUGGACUAUGCAAGUGAGUUCUCAUGGAGACUUGGCGUUGAACGGGAUUCAAUAAGUACUACUGAUGGAUGGCCACCUAUGGUUAUAGAUAUCCAAGAAAAAAGUUGCGCAAGAUUUCCAUUAAGAAUGAGAAAUUCCGAAAAUUAUGUUAAAGAAAGAAUUGUGCUUAUUGGUGAUGCAGCACAUACAAUACAUCCACUUGCUGGACAAGGAUUAAAUCAAGGAUUAGCGGAUGUUGAAAGUUUGUUUAGAGUGAUUAAACAAGGAGUAAUGAGCGGUCAGGAUAUAGGAAGUCUUCAAUUACUCCAAGAUUAUUCAUCAGAAAGAUAUCUAUCAAAUCUUUUGAUGAUUGGUGCAGUUGAUAAAUUGCACAAAUUAUUUAGUACAGAUUUUACACCUAUAGUAUGGGCAAGAUCAAUAGGUUUAGAAUCUUUAAAUGGAUUAGAACAUUUAAAGGCAGAAAUAAUGAAAUUUGCCAUGGGCGUGGAAUAA